CGAGAUUAAUUACAAUUUAUACAGUGGCCGAAGGAAGAAGAAGAAGACCAAAGCUAGAGAGAGAAAGAAGAGAGAGAGAGAGAGAGAGAGUUGGAAGCCAUGGAGGUGGAGGGUUCGUCAAAGAAGAUGAUAGCAACACAGGCUGAGAUGGUCGAGGCGAGGGUUCCGCUAGCCUACAGAGACCAGUGCGCCCACUUGUUGAUCCCUCUCAACAAGUGCCGCCAAGCCGAGUUCUUCCUCCCAUGGAAAUGCGAGAACGAGAGACACACAUAUGAGAAGUGUGAGUACGAACUCGUUAUGGAGAGAAUGCUUCAGAUGCAGAAGAUCCGAGAAAAGGAAGCCCAAUUGAAACAGGGACAAAAGCAGGGCAUUCCUCUUAUUCCCAACACUGCUAAUGCUUAGCCCAACAAUCACGGCGGAUCAUUUUAUUUGGGAAGAGAAGAAGAGAUUGUAAACUUCCUCUCUAAUUCGUCUUAAUCAUGUUUUGGGGCACUAAAUUUACUUUUGCGAAAUAAAAAUGUUCUUGUUGAAUGCUUUUUCAUAUAACACUUUAAAUGGUGGUUUUUUUACAGUGCUAUUUUCGACAUUUACCUCUGUAAUAAUGGUGGACUGGCCUUUUUUGCAGGAUACUUGAUAUUUGGUGAGAUGUGAAUGCUUUGAUGAUUUUCAUUGCUAUUAAUGGGAACUGUUUUUCAAAAAAGACGAAUGUAUCAAAUUAAAAAACUCAGUUAUGUUUCUGUCUUUCUCUUUUCCCAAUUCUGUUCUCAAUAUAUUGGAAUAAAAUUCUUCUUAACAUUGAUGUUCUAACUAUAUCUCCGAAGAGAGUUUUGUACUUAAAACACUUGUCUUUUUUCA